AGCAUGCCCUUUCACCUUUGUCAGGCACCUGUUUUGUUUAUAUCCACAUUUUCUAUAAUAACAACAUACAAUAUGACACACAGAAAUGUCAACUGUGUGUGUCAUCUGUUACAAGAAGUCUCUCUCUCAUAUAUUAUCUCUAACCAACGUUCAACAGUAGAAUAUAACAACUUAAUGCUUUAAGUUUUAUGUCUCCAGAAAUAACUCUCCCCACACCUGUUCACACAUAAGUGACAUUCUUAUGUUGAUAAUAAAGCAACAUGCUACUUCUAGUUUUGAUCUGGCAUUGUUUAAUUGUUGAGGACUCAGAUCCCAUUAUGAAGGCUGUGAGAAAGGGUCUCUGGGUAUGUGUGUGUGUGUGUGUGUGUCACGUUGUUGAGGUCAGGUGUUGCAGCCCAACUGCCUAAAAAUAUCAUCUUAACCACAGAGCCCGAGAGAGCAGUUACCAUUCCAGAUCUGGAUUUUAGCCUUCAGGCGUACUGCAAAGGGAGGUCUCUGUUGAUACACACACACACACACACACACACACACACACACACACACACACACACACACACACACACACACACACACACACACGUUUACUGAGAAAAAGUUGAGGUGCUGGUCUGCGAUCCUGCUCAGGAACGGAUUAAAAGCUUUAAACAGUUAUAAGAAAGAGCAGAAGUGAGCUAUGUCCUCCUGUGUGGUGAAGUCCAGAAGCAGGAACCCUUACACAGCGGUGCAGGUAGACCCAGACAGUGACUACAUCACACCGGGGACAUUAGACCUGGAACAGCUGUUCUGGACCGGCACCGGGGCUCAGUAUGCACAUGUCAACCAGGUCUGGCCCAGUGUCUACAUCGGGGACGAGAAAACGGCUCUGGAGCUGCCUGGCCUGAGGGAUCUGGGUAUCACACAUGUCCUUAAUUCAGCAGAGGGAAAGUGGAAUAAUGUGCUGACUGGUGCCGAUUACUACACUGACGUGGGCAUCCAGUACUACGGUGUAGAAGCUGAUGACAAACCCACCUUCAACAUCUCCCAGUACUUCUGCCCUGCAACCCAGUUCAUCCACGAGGCCCUCAGUCACCCACAGAACAAGGUGCUGGUGCACUGUGUGAUGGGUCGGAGCAGGUCAGCAACUCUGGUCUUGGCAUACCUGAUGAUGAAACACAGCUUAACUGUGGUGGAUGCUAUUGAGCAUGUGCGACAGCGCCGCUGCAUCCUGCCCAAUCACGGCUUCCUAAAACAGCUCAGAGCCCUGGACAUCACGUUACAAGAGGAGAGGCUUAAACAAAAAAGAGAGAUGAAACACCAAUAAUGUACAAUAGAUAAUAUGCCUGUUUACUACUUCAAUUUUUCUUUUGAAUCUAUCUUAGAUAUACAAAAAUGUUCUUUAACUGUUGUAUCAUUAAACUCGGUUUUGUUUUUCACAACUGCAUCAUGUAAGAGUUAAAAUGUCAAAUUGAAGAAUGGGGUGUCCUCAGGGCUUAGUGAUGUUUUAAAGAAAGAGCGAUUUUGUCUAUGUGUGUCUACUGUAAGUGUAUGACCAGAUUUCAAUGAGUGACACAGAGUAGGUCCUGGCCCUUCCAGAUCUACUGUAGGACAUGAGGGGCGAGAGCUAAGAAGCCUAAAAUUCAUUCACAAAUGUUGACUUGAAGAAAACUGUUGUACCUUAAAUUGGGUACAUACUGUAGAUCUCUUACUAAGAAAUGUCUUUGAUAAAAAAUAAUUUCAUUUUUUUUUUUUAUUAUUAUUUUUUGGGGCAUUUUUAGGCCUUUAUUUCCACAGGACAGAAGACACAAAAGGGGAAAGAGAGGGGGAAUGACAUGCAGCAAAGGGUCGCAGGUCGGAGCCUAACACCCGGCUGCUAUGUCAAGGAGUAAACCUCUAUAUGUGCGCCUGCUCUACCAACUGAACUAAC